AUGCUAUCUUUUCAAACAUUGACCUCUCAUUUUAUACGUUAGUUUCCAAAAUCAUGGACGGAUGGUUUCACCUGAUCAACGUGAAUAUUUCUUCAUGGCUAACGAAACUUUGGUCAAAUCUGAUGGAUGAUUCCGAUCGUUGAUUUUGAUCAUUCAUCUGUUUAAACCAAGAGAUGUAUUAAGAGCGUCAAUCUUCCCUAGACAUACUGAAUAAUUUUGUAAACUGUACUUUAGAUGAGUAUCUAUGUUUAUACACAUGCACGUGUAGGAUGUAUACAUGUCAUCCAUAUUUACAACGCAGACGGGCCAAUUCAUGGGCCUCCCUUUCGAUGCCACACACCCUGAAAUUCACAUGGUUCAAUAGAUCCCAACGGUUCGAUGAAUGAAUUUUAAUUUGAAGGUUGAAAGGAGUAAGAUUUCCUGAUAAUAUGGUCUUUGGGCCGUACUCAUUCACAUGGGGAUUGUUCACCAUUAGAUGGAGAAUGCAUAUUCUAAAAUGUGUUGGUUAAAUAGAUGGACAGAGUGGAUAUAGCACAGACAUCAUGAUGGCCCCCACAGAGGUUAGGUCACAGGAGAUUCAUGUAACCCCGAGUUUCAAUAAUAGUCUAUUGGGCCUUUUUGUCAUUCUUUUCAGAUUUGAGUGAGUGGUGUGAUAUUCCGGUUCCAAAAGAUAAGGCUGAGAGUUCUCCGACGCCGUGGAGAAGCAUCCAAUAAUUUUAAUUUCUGAAAUUCCGAUGGCAGAGAGUGUUGUUCAAUUCUUGUUAGAAAACUUAAGUGCCCUUCUAAAAGAAGAAGCAUCUCUACUAAAAGGAGUACGCAAGGAAGUUAAAGAAAUCGAGACGGAACUUAAUAGAAUGCAAGCCUCGUUGAGGGAUGCUGAUAGAAGAAAGGAUAGCGAUGAAGAAAUGAAAACAUGGGUGGGACAAGUAAGAGACGCUGCGCAUGAUGUGGAGGAUAUCAUCGACGAGUUCUUGCAUCGCAUGGACAGGCCACGACGAGGGGGAUUCAAGGGUUUUCUCAUUGACACUAUCUAUAUCCCCAAGAAUAUCAGCGACAGGCGUCAGUUCACUAGGCGACUUCAAGAAACCAAGGUUAAUGUUCAGAAUAUUUUUCAGGGAAGACCCAGCCAAAUAGAAGAAGUCACCAGAUCCUAUGAUGUUAGCGAACUGUGGCGACGUGAUGUAGAAACUUCUGUUUUCAAAGCGGACAGUGACAUUGUGGGGAUGACGAAAGAAAUAGAUUUGCUAGUCGGAUGGUUAGUGGAGGAAGAACAACGGCCCACGGUGAUUUCAGUGACAGGGAUGGGUGGGGUGGGCAAAACCACUCUUGUGGCUAAAGCCUAUAAGAAUCAACAAGUAAAGAAGCACUUCGACUGCUACGCGUGUGUUUCUGUCUCACAGUCUCUUAGAAUUGAUGAGCUACUACGAAGCAUCAUAAAACAAUUACUUGAGGCUAAGAAAGAUGUUGUUCCAAAUGACUUAGCCACCAAAGAUGCUGGCGAGUUGAGGCGGAUGGUUAGAGGACUUCUGGAAUCAAAAAAGUACCUCAUUAUCUUGGAUGAUGUCUGGACUAUGAAUGAUUGGAAUAAAUUAAAUGUCAUAUUUUCAGAAGUAGGUUAG